GUUUGUGUGAGUUUUCGCACGUAGACCAUGGGAUUUUGCAUUGUAGUUAAUACUUAAAAAUGAUACUAAUGUGAACGUUGAGCAGUAUGAUAUAAAUAUUAUUUUUUAUAUCUCUUUAAUCUCAUAUCUAUAUGAGUUCCUAUUAAAUAUUAAUUCUACCAAGUACAUACGUCUGUUGAGUAAAUGGCAGAGUGGAAUAAUAGUCAAUUAAGAAAAUAUAAUAUAAAAUUAGGAAAAAUACCGGUUUUGCAACAUGAUGAUCCGAAAUUAGACUCCUACUUGUGUAAUAAUAAACCAGUUUUAAUUAAAGGAUCACAAUUGAUAUCCAGUGCAUUGAACUGGGAUAUUGAUUAUCUACAAAAACAUAUGAGUUCAAUAUGUUGUAAUGUCAUGAUUUCAUCAAAUCAUAGAUUUAAAUAUUAUGACCAAAAAAAAAUUACUCCAACUUUAACUUUCAAACCAUUAAGUCGUCCUAGCCCAAUGACAUUUUCUGAAUUUGCUGAUAAGAUGAAAAAAUGGAAAAAAGGAGAUCCUAGAUUGUACAUGCAACAAGCACUAAAUAAUUCAAUUGGACAUCAUAUUGUUAGAGAUUUUGUAAUGUUCAACUGGGACUGGGUUAUAUCAAAACAAAAAAUUUGUAAGUGGGGUCCACUUACAUCCAAUCUUCUUCUCAUUUCCCAAGAAGGAAAUAUCACUCCAUGCCAUUAUGAUGAACAACAAAAUAUGUUUGCUGUUGUACGGGGACAUAAGCGUUUUAUUUUAUUUCCUCCUAGUCAGUUUGAAUGUUUAUAUCCACACCCAGUUCACCAUCCUUAUGAUCGUCAAAGUCAAGUAGACUUUGAUAAUCCAGAUUAUAUAAAAUUUCCUAAGUUCAAAGACGCUUGUGGUUAUGAAGUUGUUGUAGGCCCUAAAGAUGUUUUGUAUAUUCCUAUUUAUUGGUUUCACCAUGUUGAGUCAUUAAUGAGUAGUAGUUAUACUGUAUCCAUUAAUUUUUGGUUUAAAACUGGACCUAUUGAAAAAAUAGAAUAUCCCUUACAAGACUAUCAAAAAAUGACCAUUAUGAGGAAUGUAGAAAAAAUGUUAGGUGAAGCUUUACAUGAUCCAAAUGAAGUAGGAUCAAUACUCAGAACAAUUGUUGUUGGUCGUUACACAUCUGAUGAAAAUUGAGUUUUAGUUAUUUAUAUUUUAUGUAUUGUACUAAUUUAAAUUUCUUUAAAGAUUUUUUUAUUUGUUCAAUAAAAAUAUUUUUAUAUUUUUAUAACUUUUUUUUAGAGAUUUUAAAUGGGUUUGUUUGUAUUAGAUGAAAUUUGUUUUAAACUAUAGUAAUCUGAUACGAUGUUUGUUUUAAAUGAUUAAAACUUAUUUUUAUAAUUUUAACUUAAAACUAUUAAAUUAAAAAUGAAUAACUUAAAUUUUUGUUGACUUAUAAAAGGAACUACUCAUAUAAU